AGUAUAAAGCGCCGCAUUGGUAGAAGUGGAAGUCAUUCGGACGCAGACAGUGCGCCGGUAAACUUGUGAAAAUUUAAACAUUACAUUAGUUAAGUGUCAAACAAGGAGUGAGGAAAUCUGAAAACAUGCGGUGGUCAACGAUAACCUUUUUAUUGCUGCCAAUAAUAUUAGCAUCAACGACAGCAGAGUGGUCUUGGGGCGGAGAUGCGAAUGCUAAGCCCGCUGAAAAAGCCGAGGAGAAGCCUGAGAGCUUAUUGCAAGGAGAACAGUUACCCGAAGCUCAAGACAAACACUUUGAAUCAAACAGCACUGUCCUCGAUGACAUUGUCGACGAACUAGUAAGCAGUAAACAAGGUAGAAGCCUAGGCGGUUUCGACGAUGUGUACAGCGAUCCCACGAUCAAGGAUGCCUUGGACGCAGGAGAUGAUGCUGAAGCUAGAAACCUGAUUAAAGGCAGACUGUGCACUCUAGGUCUCAUACAAUGCGAAGAGGAAGAAACACAAGAAAAACGUUAUCUGUCACCUGAUGAACUGAUUUACGCACAGCCUGUAGAUAUCAAACCUAUUGGUAAACCGAUCGCAUCAAUCCCUGUUCGUGGCCCACCCAGAGCUUAUGGUCCACCAAAGCCUAUGCCUUACCCUUCACAUUCACACAAGCACCCUCCCAAGAGAGUUGGAUAUGGUGGCCAUCCUAGACCUGGUUUCUCAGAAAAGUACGGAGUAGCUGGUGGCAACUACCAGUUCUCUCAAAGCAGUGCUCAAUACAACGCUCACGAAUCUAACUUUGUCACCAAGUCACCCAUUUAUGCUACACCAGGACCUUACGCCUACGAGAACACUAAACCCAGUUACCCAGUUAAAGGCUCGUCUAACUCAGGUUCGAAAACUGAUUCCAUCGUACAACAGCACAUACACCACCAUUACGUGCAUGACGCCGACAAGGACCCCAAAGUCAUCAUUAAACCAGUAGCUAUUCCUGUCGGAUCCAUCGGACAGCUGAACUCACAAAGCUUUGGAUCGCACUCACAAUCUACCGACAUCGUAACUGCUGGAGGUGGUGACUACAGUAGCAUUACUUCAGGUGGCUUCAAACCCAUGUCUGGCGCAUUUGGUUACGAGAACAACAAGCCAAUCUAUGAAUCCGAUACAAUAUAUGGCUCGCAAUACGGCCACAAUUCUAACAAAGUUGGUCACAAUAGCCAACUUUUAACUCAAGGCUUACCAAAUCAGUACGCCAAUAACGCAUUCGAAGAUCAAAAGUAUGGAAACAGCUUAAGUGGUUACGCAUCUCAGAACAGUGAAUUCUAUAAGAAGGAAUUACACGUAGGAGGAUCUCAAAACAAUGUUUACAAUCAAGGUCCAGCAACCUUCGGACAGAACAAUGCUUAUUUGGAAAACUACCAUGAAGCUAAAGCUCAAGGGCACGAUUGUGUAUGUGUAAACUAUGACCAAUGCCCCAGCCAAGAAAUCAUUGGCCGCAGGGAUGACUUGUACUUGCCAAUUGAUCCGCGCAACAAAGGCAGCGAAAUCGUAGCUUUAACUGAAGAACAAUUAGACAACUUGAACAAAACUGAAGCUACCGUUGCAACCACUGAAAGCUCAUCGAACGCUACGGAAACAAAGAAGAUUAGCAAACGUGACACCAAAGAGGAGUCUACCACCGAGGUCGAGAAACAAGCCGAAGCGCGUCAAUAUUUCGGACGUCCUCCUGUUCAACAAUGCAGCCCAAACCAAGUGUGCUGCCGACGCCCUCUACAACCGCAGGCUGCCAACAAAGGACAGUGCGGCAUCAGACACUCUCAAGGCAUCAACGGCAGGAUUAAAACUCCUUCUUACGUAGACGGCGAGAGUGAGUUCGGAGAAUACCCAUGGCAGACAGCUAUCUUGAAGAAGGACCCUAAGGAAUCUGUGUACGUCUGUGGAGGAACACUCAUUGACAGUCUUCACAUCAUGACUGCUGCUCACUGCGUUAAAUCAUACAAGGGCUUCGAGCUAAGAGUACGUCUCGGAGAAUGGGACGUGAAUCGUGACGUCGAGUUCUACCCCUACAUUGAAAGAGACAUCGUUUCUGUCCACGUGCAUCCUCUUUACUAUGCUGGAACUUUGGACAACGAUCUCGCUAUUUUGAAGAUGGACCAUCCCGUCGAAUGGACCAAAUUCCCUCAUAUUAGCCCCGCUUGUUUACCUGACAAAUACACAGACUAUGCUGGUCAAAGAUGCUGGACUACUGGAUGGGGUAAAGAUGCCUUCGGAGACUACGGAAAGUACCAGAACAUCUUAAAGGAAGUUGAUGUGCCUAUUCUAUCGCAUGGCCAAUGCCAACAGCAGUUGAGACAAACUCGAUUGGGCUACAACUACGAGCUCAACCCCGGCUUCCUCUGCGCUGGAGGUGAAGAAGGCAAGGACGCGUGCAAGGGCGACGGCGGUGGCCCCCUGGUGUGCGAGCGCAGUGGCACGUGGCAGAUUGUGGGUGUGGUUUCGUGGGGUAUCGGCUGCGGCCAGCCCGGAGUCCCUGGCGUCUACGUCAAAGUAGCACAGUACUUAGACUGGAUCUCACAGAUCACUGGCAAAUACUCUCAUUAUAACUGAAAUGAUGCCUAGUUUAUACGAAAUGAUCAAUACUUAAAAUUGUAUAAGCAUCUUAUAUUUAUUUUUAGGUAUUAGGCAUACUUAUUUAAUAUUUAUUACUUUUAGGCUUUGGAUGGUAAUAUCCAGAGCAUCCGAGUAAUUGCAUAUUAUGCAGAUUUUUGUAUUAAAAAAUAAAUUAUAGAGAUAAUAAUGUAA